UGCGCACUGGACGAGAGGUUCCAAACUUAAACUUUUUGCGCAGCACAUCGUUCCGCAUGGAAAAAAGAUUUGAUAGAGUAUUUCACGCUGGUCUGCAUUACCAGUACUGGCGGUGUGUCCACUCUGCGUGUUGAAAAUGUAUGAUUUCCGAGAGCUAGAAGCUAUGAAGGGGAUGCCACCAGAAGGAAUCUCUGAAGUUGUGUGAGUUGUUAUGCCAUACAAACAUCAAGAAUGAUCAGAAACUUCAUCGUCUAGCAAACCGAAAAUUUAUGGAUUCAGGUUCUCAGAGAUGCAAUCGACUUAGGCUGAUGAAUAGAAGGAAUGUUUCAUUGCAAUAAAAAUUAAUCUUAUUCUCUAAGUUACAUCACAGGUAUUCGUAUACAAGAUCAUUAACACUUUGAUCAUAUUCUUUUUUAGCUAUUACCCGGCAACAAUUUUCGCCGAACCGUCAACAUUUUCGACAGCCACGUUUCCGCUUCGCCUGAUGUGCCCUGCAAGCAUAUUCGAUCACAGUCAAAGCAUGAUCAGCAUCCGCACGGGUAACACAAAGUGGAGGCUUUAUCCGCAGAACCUGUAACGGAAGAAAUUGAGCCAAAAAUUAGCGAAGCUGCAAUUCAAGCUCUGUCGUUAAUUUGAAUUUGUUAACAGCACGCAAUGAUUAAUGUGUUAGUGGCGUGAUUUAUGAAACAGCAUGAGCACACAUACUCCAUCUCUAACUCUAAAGCUUAAUUCGAUACCACCAUUUUGGAUUCUGCCGAGAUUAACACUGGUCCUAGCAAGGAGAAAGUAAGAGGUUAGAGUCUGACUUUCUUUCAGUGUUUGAUUUAUAAGCUCAAUUUUGAAAACAUAUACAUCUCCAGAAAAUUUUAUUCUUUUUGGCAAUUUUUCGUUCAGAUUCUGGUUUUGGUUUGUUAAAUGUCAUGUUUGUGCCAGUGCUUUCAGUGUACUGGAUCGUUCCGCUUCAUCGCGGUUGUCAGUCUCAGAUUAGUUUCGCUUGCGCGUUUUCUCGGAGUGACGCUCUAGCGCCGACCCCAGCGCAUUCAAAGCGAAGUCGACGUCCUCUUUGGUUACACACAUCGGAGGUUUAAUUCUAAGCACCUGUCGAAUACAAGUUGGGUGUGAAAAAAUGAACGUAAAAAACUGUGAUCGUGAGAUGAAGGGACUACUGACUACUGGGUUAGUUGGUCAAUAGUGGUUGCACUUUUCACGGUGCUCUACAGAUGAGAGGGGAAUGAGGUGAAGGACGGAACGACAGAAAAACUUACGUUUGCAUUCAAACCGCCGCGACCGAACAAAACUCCCAUAUCCUUGCACAUUUCCCAGAUGUCGACGAAGUGCGGUGCGCUGAGAUGCUGGCGGGUUUCCUUGUCUUUGACCAGCUCAACGCCUAUCAUCAGGCCCUGUGGAAGAUAGUUUCACUAUUAAUUGGGAGACUCACCAACAGAAAUGCAUAAUGACUCGUUAUCUUCUGACCAACAAAAAGAGGCGGAAAGAAAGUAAACUCCUCCAGAGAGAAAUAAACGAACAGGACAUCCUGACACUUCGUACAAUGGCAGCUGUUACCUGUGAAAUUACCCCGCCCCAAGUGAGACAAAGGUGGAAUGAGCCAGGUAGUGGAUAAAAAAACAGCUACCUGUAAGUUGACUUUGCUUGGGAUGAGACUAAAGCGAUUGCAGAUGCUAGUCCAACAUAAUUAGAGGAUAUUUUUCUGCAACAAAAAAGGGGCAGAACAGGAUCAUCGCAUUUGCGAUAAACCAGAAAUCGUGUUCGGGAAGGUGAAAUUACCUGACUUAGAUAAUUCGAAGGUAUUUUCAAGACAUACAGGAUUAAGUUUUGUGUAGACAGCAAAAUCCUACUGUUACGUCGAAAGAACUUAAUCUUUAAAAUUUUAAUAACAUUUCUACUACUCUUGAAAAUUAUUUGUGAGUAUUUUAGUCACCAUAACAACAGCUCUUAGUUCUGUGUUUCUAUCAAACUUUUAGACGGUAAUGACUUGCGCGCAAAUUUGUGUACAAGCUAUACAAUAUUGCAUACAAUUCUCACCAUUCGUUCAUGUGAUAUCAACCGAAAAACGCCCCUAUUUUAAAACGCAGAUUACAUCGGAGUGAGAGAAAAUCAUUUCCCACAUUCCGAGUCAGUCAUAUCCGAUCAUUCAUCAUGUUGAGUCUAAAAAGUUUCCUCAUCGCAGUGGUCAUGGUACAAAUGACCCGCUCAGACAAAGUUUGGCGCCACAACCUGAAUUUCGACAAUCCCAACAACUGGAUCGGAGAGAAGGUCCCAAAGGCUGGCAAUUCCAUACGCUUUCCGGCGAAAUUAAACGCACUGGUCACUCUGCCCGAUGCCACGAGUAUGCAUUCUAUGAUACUCCCCCAAAGUGGCGUUAUUCUGCUACCGGAACGCGACUUCUCGCUGGUUUUCGCCGAUGAAUCCAAGCAAAGAGAAGAAUCGAGCUUCAAAGUUCCCCAACGCAGACCGUAUUACUCGGCUUCCAGUUGGAAGCAAAUGGACACUGGGAACAACGAACGAAACAGAGCUGUACCACACACCGAGAAGAUUCCGUGUCAGUACGAGACGGCUGUUUUCCCCGAAAGUCCGACACCGAUUGAUCUUCAGUAUCAUCAAGCAAUCGAAGUGAAAGAUGUUAAAUUCGCCAACACUCAAGGAUUGGACGAAUUUCGGCGCUUCCUUUCAACCGAACUUGGUCAGCUGGUCAUCUACAAUGGGGAAGAAACUCUAGUGAGAGAGGGCAAAUGUGCAAGUCCCGAGAAGUGUCCUUGCCAACCGGACUGGGUUAAGGAGGCGGUUUGUGCCAAUGAGGUAUGCGACGUUCCGCUUUGUUUGAGGCCCAUCGUACCAAUCGGUCACUGUUGUGCCCUGUGUGGAAGCAUGCUAACAAUGGAUUUAUUGAAUUUCGGUGGAAAAUUUGUGCUAGCGGAAUUCGCGAAAAAAUUAGAAAGGAAAAUUGCCGCUUCCGAAGUGGACGCAACGAGCAUCAACUGGCACGUUAGCGUUCAAAACGAUGCUCUGCAGUUGUUGGUCGUCGAUGCCGAGAGCUACGAUGAGAAGAGUAUCAGAUUGAUGCAAAGUUUGGAACCAUUUUUCAUGAAACAAUUUCUUAACGGUCAUAAAAUUCUACAUUCUGGACACCCGCAUGUCCCCUACCAAAGCGGUCAACUAUUUAUGGUCACGUUCCUGUCCUUACUUGUGAUUUCUAUCUUUUUCACCACCAUCUACGUGUACUAUUAUGAUGACACUAUGAUACCACGAGUAUCGGCAAUGAUCCGUAAUCGUCAAUUCUUCCUAUCACCGUUUGUUUUCGCCCGGUUUGAUCCCACUAACGACGAAUCUGCGGUGGACAUCAACUUUACCCCGUCAGGAGUGGAGAACAUAAACUCAGCCUUCAACAAUCCAAUGUUCGAGGAAGCUUCCAGGGAAGCAUCAGUACCCUCAGAAGGUGAACAAAAAGUCGAACAAGAAUCGUACGUCGACGUAGAGCUGAAGAGCCAUGAAUAAUUUAACCUAUAAAUAUAUACUUUCAACUUACCUUUCCUCGGACAUCACCUAUGACCUCAUAUUUAUCGCGUAGUUUUUCCAGCUCUUUCAGCAUGUAAGUACCAACGACGCGAGCGUUUUUCUGCAGCUCUUCCUGAUCAAUCACCUGCAAUCAAUUACGUAUUAAAAUUGCCCAAAACAACUUAGUAGUAGAAUACUAACGUCUAUAACAGCCAUUCCAACGGCACUCGCUAGCGGGUUACCCCCGAAGGUAUUAAAGUGCAGUGCCUGUGACAGAACAUCCGCUACCUUUCGCGAAGUUACAACCGCACCAAUCGGGAACCCAUUGCCGAUACCUUUGGCCAUCGUAACCAUA